AUGGUAAAGAUUCAUUACAGUGUUAAACUGUGUGGUUUUUCAACUGUAGGAAAUCCAGCAACGGUAGAAUCAAGAAAGGAUCUAGGAGAAUACUUGAAACUUGCUGUGAAAGACCAACACACGGCAGAAUAUAUUCAAGGACUCCUUAACUUCAACGAUAAAAAGAAUCUCAAGACACAAAAACCUAAUAUUAAUGUUUAUGGAGAUAAGGAAAUUGAUGCGAAGGAAAACAAAGAAGUCAUUCAAGAUUUUGAAUCAAGACCUAAUGGUUUCCUUUAUCAUGGAAUAGAUGCAGAGGAAAAGAAAGGAGCCAUCAAAGAUUUUGAACCAAGACCUAAUGAAUGGUUUCCUUUAUCAUGGGACAGAUGCGAGGAAAACAAAGGAGCCAUUAAAGAUUUUGAACCAAGACCUAAUGGUUUCCUUUAUCAUGGGACAGAUGCAGAGGAAAAGAAAGGAGCCAUUAAAGAUUUAGAACCAAGACCUAAUGGUUUUCUUUAUCAUGGGAUAGAUGCAGAGGAAAAGAAAGGAGCCAUUAAAGAUUUUGAACCAAGACCUAAUGGUUUUCUUUAUCAUGGGACAGAUGCAGAGGAAAAGAAAGGAGCCAAAGAUUUUGAACCAAGACCUAAUGGUUUUCUUUAUCAUGGGACAGCUGCAGAGGAAAAGAAAGGAGCCAUUAAAGAUUUUGAACCAAGACCUAAUGGUUUUGUUUAUCAUGGGACAGAUGCAGAGGAAAAGAAAGGAGCCAUUAAAGAUUUUGAACCAAGACCUAAUGGUUUCGUUUAUCAUGGGACAGAUGCAGAGGAAAACAAAGGAGCCAUUAGAGAUUUUGAACCAAGACCUAAUGGUUUCGUUUAUCAUGGGACAGAUGCAGAGGAAAAGAAAGGAGCCAUUAAAUAUUUUGAACCAAGACAUAAUGGUUUCCUUUAUCAUGGGACAGAUGCAGAGGAAAAGAAAGGAGCCAUUAAAGAUUUUGAACCAAGACCUAAUGGUUUUCUUUAUCAUGGGACAGAUGCAGAGGAAAAGAAAGGAGCCAUUAAAGAUUUUGAACCAAGACCUAAUGGUUUUCUUUAUCAUGGGACAGAUGCAGAGGAAAAGAAAGGAGCCAUUAAAGAUUUUGAACCAAGACCUAAUGGUUUCCUUUAUCAUGGGACAGAUGCAGAGGAAAACAAAGGAGCCAUUAAAGAUUUUGAACCAAGACCUAAUGCUUUCGUUUAUCAUGAGACAGAUGCAGAGGAAAAGAAAGGAGCCAUUAAAGAUUUUGAACCAAGACCUAAUGCUUUCCUUUAUCAUGGGAUAGAUGCAGAGGAAAAGAAAGGAGCCAUUAAAGAUUUUGAACCGAGACCUAAUGGUUUCCUUUAUCAUGGGACAGAUGCAGAGGAAAACAAAGGAGCCAUUAAAGAUUUUGAACCAAGACCUAAUGGUUUCCUUUAUCAUGGGACAGAUGCAGAGGAAAAGAAAGGAGCCAUUAAAGAUUUUGAACAAACACCUAAUGGUUUCCUUUAUCAUGGGACAGAUGCAGAGGAAAAGAAAGGAGCCAUUAAAGAUUUUAAACCAAGACCUAAUGCUUUCCUUUAUCAUGGGAUAGAUGCAGAGGAAAACAAAGGAGCCAUUAAAGAUUUUGAACCAAGACCUAAUGGUUUCCUUUAUCAUGGGAUAGAUGCAGAUGAAAAGAAAGGAGCCAUUAAAGAUUUUGAACUAAAACCCACGGUUUCUAGCAAUGAAGAAAAUUACAUUGAUGUUAUGUAAAAGAAGUAUUUUGAGCCGAAUCCAAGUGUCAUGAAAUAUGUUUCAUAAAUAAGUGUAAUAAUAUGCGCACAGUGUGUUGGUCGUCGUCUGAUUGGUACGU